AGUAGCGCUCUACCAGUCUCUCAGCCUGCUGUGAUGAUUCAGUGACAAGCUUACCUGCUGAAGAGUCGUGAGGACUGCGAUUCAAAGCAAGGAUACACACCCCUGGAAGCGUUAAUGCAGGGGUUACAUAUUACUGCUACAGGUAAUGCUGUGGGUCUACUUUUGUGUGGUAGAGUUCAAAGCAUGGCACCACACACAUCGGGAGCUGGCACUGUUUGCAGCAGAACGUUGUCGUUUUCCUCCCUCUGUCCUUACGCUUGCUGCAAACCGUGCAGUCCUGCUGGAUCUGUUUUCCAGUUGCAG